AUUGUUUGAGUGGCUUGGACACCAUUUCUUACAAUUCUAGGUCAUGAAACUAUUUUAUACGUGUCUUAAUUUACCCCUGCGUAGGCGAAUUUUCGUUGUGGAAGUCGUUUGUUAUGUUUUGCGUCCAUCUCUGUCCCGGCUGGAUCUGUUCGUAAGUCAUGGGGCCUAUGCGCAAGGAUGUCCUCGAUAAAGCAGCUUGGGCUUGGGUCGACAGCACUGAGCCUGAUUCUGUGUUACCAGAACAUGUUUUAACAGCUUAUCGCAUUCAAUUGCCUGAAUGUCGUCCUGGGACCUGCCGACGCAAUUGUCGAGGAAGCCCUCGAUGCCUCUCAGGGCUAGGAGAACAGCGAUGGAAUACAGAACCCAGUGAUGAAAGUAAUUCAAGCUAUGUAGAUGAUCCAAAUAUUGACAGAAGAGAUUCUGGCUCUUUUAUUGGACUUAAAAAUUUAGGUGCCACUUGUUAUGUGAAUAGUCUUCUUCAGUUAUGGUUCCACAAUCUUGAAUUCAGAAAAGCAAUAUAUGAAUGGGACCCACUAGAGGAUCCUGCUGAAAGAGAAGCACUUGAAGAAGAUGAGUCUAAGUUCCCAGUCACUCAUGUUGGCCACUUGCAAGUCCUGUUUGCUAAUCUACAGUUCAGUGUUCGCCGCUACAUAGAUCCAUCUGAUUUUGUCCAUUCAUUGGGGCUUGAUACAAACCAGCAACAGGAUGCUCAAGAGUUUUCUAAGCUAUUUAUUUCAAUGCUUGAGGAUUGCCUGACAUCCCAAACUAAACCAUCUGUACAUGACAUGAUAAGCAAGAACUUUAGGGGAGAAUAUCAAUAUGUCACUAAAUGUUCAAAAUGUCAUACAGAGUCGACAAGACCUUCUAAUUUUUAUGAACUAGAUUUAAGUAUUCAGGGUCACAAAACAUUAGGUGAUUCUUUGGCCGAAUUCCUGCAUGAAGAAAAGCUUGAGGGAGCUAACAGAUACCAUUGCGCUGUCUGUGGAGACAAGCAAGAUGCCACAAGGUGCAUACGUCUUAAAUCUCUCCCACCUGUCCUCCACCUGCAGCUUUUGCGGUUUGUCUAUGAUAGGAGCAAAGGGCACAAGAAAAAACUAAAUUCAUUCAUACAGUUCCCAGAAGUUCUAGACAUGUCUGAAUUUCUUGGACUUGCACCAGGGUCUAAGGUCUACAAUGUUAGUGCAGUUCUUGUUCACAUGGGGUCAAGUGCAUACAGUGGACACUAUGUUGCUCACAUCAGGGAUAGUGUGACUGGUAACUGGCACAAAUAUAAUGAUGAAAGUGUGGAAAAUUUGGAAGGAAAAAGACUAACGCUUACGUCUGAAGACGAGGCCUCGGAAGUAUCUUCAUCUAAAGGUAAAGGUCGUCCUCAGAAGUGUGCCAAAGGAUUUGUGUCAUCAAAAAAUGCAUACAUGUUGGUCUACACUUUGGCAACUGGUAAAGAUGAUGUUAAUACUCCCCUAAACAAUCAGACCUCCCCCAAAGUAAACGGUGUUGAGAGGCAUGGCAUCAAAAGUAGUGCACUUGAAAAUGAAAUGAAUGCAUGGGGACUUGCCAAACGCCUGAUAGAUAGAGUAAAUGAACAAAAUCACAAGUUUGAAGAAUGGACUACCGAAGAAAAUGAUAAGAGGGAAACAUAUAAAGUUCAAACUCAAAUUAAUCGAAGUGAGAUGCUGCUGCUUUCUGGCAGAUUGUGUGUGGACUCUAGCGAAGAAUUUGACUUUAUUUCUACUGACUGGCUAAGUAAAUGUCUCCAUGAGGGCUUUGGUGAUGACUCCAGAGUGGGGCCCAUCAACAACAGCAAUGCAUUGUGUCCUCAUGGCCGUGUUGAUCCUUCCCGGAUCACAAGUAUGAAGGCCAUCAGUGUUGGCGCUGCUGACACUUUGUAUAAAAAUUUUGGGGGAGGCCCCAGGCUUCAGUAUCCUCAAGUCCUUUGCCAUGAUUGUGUUGUAAAUAAAUGCACCGAGCUCCGAUUAAAGAAUAAAAUAACUUCAGAUGGGAAAGAGAUUAGCAAUUUAUUGAAAUAUCGAAUGGAUGAGACUGAUCCGGGUUAUUGGGUUGGUAAAAAUACAUUGAAAAGUUGGAAGAGUAUUGUUUUACGAAAACUCAGACCUUCUUCAAAUGCUGAUGGCGCUUGGAAAGAAGAGUCUGAAAGUAAAGAAGAAAAUGAUAAAACUGAAAAUGAUCAAAAAGAAGUGAAGGACCAAAAUUCAUCAGAGGACGAGGCUUUGGAAGGAACUGAUGAAUCUAAACCACAAAACUCUAGAAAACGUACUAAGCAACAGUCUAGAGACUCUACAAGAACCCCUCCUCACAAGCGAAUUCAUCAAGAUCUCCCCUCCCAAAAUGGUAGUCUUCAAGAAAAUGCCGUCUCUUCAAGUCAUCAUAAUGGAUUUGAAGAUUCAUCAGAAAAAAGAAAAGCAGCUCCUGUAGGCAAAGCAACUAUGCGAGUGCUUCCAUUUACCAAAUAUUCCAGUGAAGCUGAAUCAGACUGUAAAGAAGACAAUCCUACUUCUGCAGAAGAAAUAAAAGAAGAAAAGAAAGAAGAAGAAUUUGCUGAUGAGGGUUCCCAUACAUUAGGAUUUAAUGAUGAUGCCAUUUGUGACCAUGGAGAAUUAAACAUAGAUGAAUCAAGUAGACGUCUUGUCCCUCCUCAAAUAUGGGCUAUAUUUUUGAGCUAUUUUCCCCAUGCGAAGGAAUUCCCUAGAAGUUCUCAUGUGUGCUGCAUUUGUCAGGAGAAGGAGCACGAGGGACAAGUUGUGAAAGACACUCAUCGCAGGGUGGCUCAGCAGCAGAAAGAACGCCUGAAUGACAUGUACCUGAACAAGAAUCGGCCCAACCUCGAUCCAGCCUCCAGGAAGACGAGAGCAAUCAAUGGCACGAUCCAGCCAGUUGAAGGGACAGAGGACUUUUACAUCGUGUCUCAGGAGUUUGUCGACCGAUGGAGGAACUUCAUCGGGCGUCGCAGCGAACCGCCCCUCGGCCUCCUGAACGAGCCCCUGCUCUGCCAGCACAUGCGGCUGCUGUACAACCCCGCCAGCCUGGAGGACAGUCUCAAGAGGCUCGUGCUCGUGUGGCCGUCCGAGUGGGAGGCGCUGCAGUCGUUCUACUCGGUGGACCACCAGCUCUCCGGCUCCAGAGACCUGCUCACCGGCGACGUCACCUUCAGCCCAGUGGUGUGCGAGGAGUGCCAGGAGUCGCGGCGCGAGGCCCAGCAGGCGGCGCUGUGCACCUACAAGCGCGCCAAGAUCUUCGUGCGCCGCGUGGCGGACGAGACCAAGGUGGACUCGACGCAGGCCAUGGACACGUCCGGCGACCCAGAGUUCCAGGUGCAGUCGUCGGCGCAGACGGCGGCCGCGCUGUCGCCCUCCAGCGACUACUCGAUCCGGCGCAGCGCGCGCUCCAGGAAGCCUCGCGGGGACAAGGAGCUGACGGUGUCGUCGGAGCAGACGCUGCUGGAGCUCAAGGUGGAGAUUUACAAGCACUUCCAGGUGGCGCCCUACGACCAGCACCUGACCCUGGACAACCGGCCGCUGGAGGGCCCCGAGAACACCCUCGGCUCCCUCAACGUGUACCCCAGAUCCGUCCUGCUGCUGCGGGCCGACGAGCCCUCCGAGGACGCCUCCAUCAUGGACGACUACAUCAAGAGCUCCGCGCCGGAGGAGGGAUUCAAAGGUACCGGGCUGCUGUCGUCGAGGUAGGCGUCCAGCCCCCCGCUCGGACUCUGGCUCCGGGUCCUCCGGGUCGUCGCGGACGUCCCUCCGGCCGGACAGCGGCGCCAACGCCUCUCCGUGCGACGCGACGCGACGCGCGCCACUCGGCGCGGAAGGGAAGGACCAGAUGUCGCCAAAGUGGCAAUAUUUGGGCGCGGCAUGUGCCCGGAUGGGCCAAGGCGGCGCUGAAUCGCCCGACAUUGCUCUGUCCGGACCGCGCGAGGCGAAAUGGACGAGACCUCCCGCUGGUUGUGGCUAGUGAAAUGUGUACAGUUAGUUAGUAUUGUGUUGCGUGUAUAUAGUGUGACAGGGUGCUGUCCCCCCCGCUAUCGGCGAUGUGUCUAUUCUUCUACUUGACGUUUUAAGUUUUACGGAAGAGACGCAGUGUCUCGAGCAGAUAUUUAUUUUACUUGUUAAAGUUUUUUUUUUUGUUUCCGCAUCAUUUCUGUAGCGAUACUAUUGACUGUAACUUUUCGUAUUAGUCAAUUUCUUUAGGUUUUCGAGUAUGUUUAAAUCAUUUUGUGUCGACUGUGACAUUUUUAUUCAUGUAUGGAAAUGGGUUGGACUGAUAUUAUUGGGGUUGGUUGUUUCACACUGGCUGUUAGGUUCGUGAUGAUUGUUUUUUUAUUGGUUGUUCACGAAUGUACUUCUUGAUGUAAAAGUAUUCAAUUUUUAUACUGUAAGUAAGGUGGAAUCUCGUUACCUCUUGUCAGCUGCUCCGGUUUUGUAACAAGGUUUUAGAUAUUUUGAAUUAAAAUCUGUGCACCUUACAA